GUUAAAGCAGGCACUGAAGAAAGAGCAACCAAAUAAAAAGCAGCUUCAGGAGCAAAGUGGACCCUCCUGAAAUUAAAAGACAUGUCUUUCUUCACCAGAGUUUUGACGAUGAAAUGCAAGCAGACACUUGAAUGUGAGAGGACUUACUUUUACCAGGCGCUUUUUGGCAGCGGCAGCAGGUUUGCCGGGCAGCCCCGGCCGUGCAGCAGCCAGUCGCUGGCGGUGCGGAGCAGCCCGCGGGCAGCGGCGGCGAACAAAGGCGAGGGGCGCGGAGCGGAGCUGCUGGAGCCCCCCCCGCGCCGCCUGGGCAGGGUGAAGAGCCUGCACGAAAUGCCCGGACCCAACACCCUCUACAACCUCUACGAGUUCUUCUGGAAGGACGGCUUCGGCCGCAUUCAUGAAAUCCAGCAAAAACACACUCAGGAAUAUGGAAAGAUCUUCAAGUCUCACUUUGGUCCCCAGUUUGUUGUAUCCAUUGCAGAUCGAGACAUGGUUGCUCAAGUCCUCCGAGCAGAAGGCAGAGCACCACAAAGAGCCAACAUGGAAUCGUGGCAGGAGUACAGAGAUUUACGGGGGAGAGCCACGGGGCUCAUUUCUGCGGAGGGGGAGCAGUGGCUAAAAAUGAGAAGUGUACUGAGGCAAAAAAUUCUGAAACCCAAAGAUGUGGCUGUUUACUCUGAAGGAGUCAAUGAAGUUAUCACAGAUUUAAUUAAAAGAAUCCACACCCUCAGAAGUCAAGAGGAGGAUGGGGAAACAGUGACCAAUGUUAACAACCUUUUCUUCAAAUACUCAAUGGAAGGUGUGGCGACUAUUCUAUACGAAUGCCGGUUGGGCUGCCUGGAAAACAACAUCCCACAGCAGACUGUUGAAUAUAUUGAGGCUCUGGAAUUGAUGUUUAGCAUGUUUAAGACCACUAUGUACGCAGGUGCUAUUCCCAAAUGGCUUCGUCCACUUAUUCCAAAACCCUGGAGAGAGUUCUGCAGAUCCUGGGAUGGACUCUUCAAAUUUAGUCAAAUCCACGUUGACAACAAAUUGAAGGCUAUUCAGUCUCAGCUGGACCAAGGAGAAGUUGUGAAUGGUGGGCUACUUACACACCUCCUAGUGAGUAAGGAACUUACUUUGGAAGAGAUCUAUGCCAACAUGACUGAAAUGCUUCUGGCAGGAGUGGACACAACCUCUUUUACUCUGUCCUGGGCAAUAUACUUGUUGGCAAAGAACCCAGAGGUGCAGCAACGUGUUUAUAAGGAAAUAGACAAUAAGCUGGGGAAAGAUCAAGUUCCAGUUGCUCACGAUGUCCCAAAAUUGCCUUUGAUUAGAGCUGUCCUGAAAGAAACCUUGAGGUUAUAUCCAGUAUUGCCAGGAAAUGGAAGAGUGACCCAAAAAGACUUGGUCAUUGGAGGAUAUUUGAUACCUAAAGGGACCCAGCUGGCACUUUGCCACUAUGCUACUUCAUACAGUGAAGAAAAUUUCUCAGUGGCAAAUGAGUUCCGACCUGAGCGUUGGCUGAGGAAAGAUAAUUUGGACAGAGUAGACAACUUUGGCUCCAUCCCCUUUGGUUAUGGCAUUCGAAGUUGUAUAGGAAAAAGAAUUGCAGAGCUGGAAAUCCAUCUUGCACUGAUCCAGUUACUUCAGAAUUUUGAAAUCAAAAUUUCUCCCAAAACUGAACCAGUUCGUGCCAAAACUCAUGGACUUUUGACUCCUGGAAACUCCAUCAAUGUCAGAUUUUCUGACAGGAAGUGAAGCUCAAAUGUUUUGGAAGUAUAAGUACUUCCCAUUUUCAUGGAAACAGGUUUGCAUUUUGUGCAAGUUUAGACCA